GGCAAAAUGGAUACCCAUGUGUUAUCACUAUUUCCAAAAUUAUUCAAACUACUGUUGACCCUGUCCCCGAUAGUCCUAGUGAAUUCGCAACAGAAUAAUCAGUACAAUGGUGGACGUGCGUACGGACGAGACGGUGUUUACGAACCACCGGGGGCACCUGGACAUCACACUUAUGUCUACAAAGACAGGAGGUACGGCUAUCAGCCCAGUUACCUGGAUCCCAUCUACAGGGGACCCAUGCGUACACCUGAGGACAGAUAUCGGCCUGAAGAUGGUCCACAGUAUCCGAACCUCCCCGGCAUCCUCGGAGGAUGGCGAGAGGAUCUGCAGGGCCGUCAGCGCGCGGACUCAAAGAAACUAGAAGUCGGUCGCGACAUUUUCGUGCAAACUCAUUACGGCCAGGUACAGGGCUUCAAGGUCUACCUCUACGACCACCCUGAGGCCCGUCAUCGCCCCUGGACUCUUCCAGUGGAGCGUGUGACAGGUCAUGCCAAUGUUUUCUUGGGGAUUCCCUACGCGGAGCCUCCCACGCGGGAAAAGAGGUUCAAGCCCCCUCGGCCCCCAGGUCGAUGGGAGCUUGUGCAGGCUGUGGACUGGGGCCCGGCGUGCCCUCAGCCGGCAAAUUACACCGGGGCGACCAAGGGCAUUCGCGAUGUCGAUGAGGACUGCCUCUAUCUGAACAUCUUCACGCCCUCCGUGGAGUCCAAUGUCGCCAAACUAUAUCCAGUCAUGUUUUACAUUCAUGGAGGUGACUAUAUUCAUGGAGCCAGCAAUUUGUUCCCUGGACACAUGCUCGCUGCCUUCCAUAAUGUCGUUGUUGUGUCGAUUAACUAUCGAUUGGGGGCAUUGGGAUUUUUGAGCACUGGAGAUGAAAACAGUCCAGGAAAUUACGGAAUUUUCGAUCAAGCCGCUGCACUCCAGUGGGUUUACGAAAAUAUCAAAGCCUUCAAGGGUGAUCCUGAGGCAAUCACGCUGUUUGGGCCUGGCGCUGGAGCCGCCAGUGCUGGAUUAUUGAUGGUAGCUCCUCGAACAAGACACAUGGUUUCGAAAGUAAUAGCCCAGUCAGGCUCGGCCCUCGCGGAUUGGGCGCUGAUUAUCGACAAAUAUCGCGCCCAAAACACGUCAAGAGUUUACGCUGAGAAGAUGGGCUGCAGUAUCGAGAGUAGUUACAAGAUAGUUCAGUGUUUGACCUGGGGACGUAGUUCCUACGAUUUGGGAAAUUCCGACCUUCAGCCGCAGGUAGGAAUGUUCCCAUGGGGACCUGUGCUCGACCACAAUUUCACGGUACUGAGGGACAAUUACGAUGACAAUUGGCGGGCCUCUGAUUGGCAUUUCUUCACUGAGACACCGGAGGAGAGCAUCAAACAGAGAAAAUAUAGAAAAGACAUUGCGUACAUGGCUGGGGUUACCAUGCAAGAAGCUUCACAUAUUUUGUUCAACAAUGAGACGUUGAGACGAAGACAGUACUUGUUCGAUGCCGAAAUGUUUAAUCAAAAAAUUUGGGAACUUGUUCUAAGGUACAAUUAUACCUUAAAUCCUUAUGGGGUGUAUGAGGCUAUCAAAUACAUGUACACGUACUGGCCGGAUCCCACGAAUAUCACGUUAAUUCGUGAACAGUACAUUAAUCUGCUCUCUGAUUUCCUAUACGUCGCGCCGUUUGACAAAAUGGCAAAAUUACUGGUAGAGCGUAGGGUACCAGUUUUCCUGUACGUUUUGAAUACAACUAUUGAGGCACUCAAUCUGGAACACUGGCGUCGCGUGCCUCACGAUAUUGAGCAUCUGUGGUUAACAGGGGCCCCAUUCAUGGACACAGAAUUCUUUCCGGACAAGUGGAAGGUAAAUCGCGAAGCGUGGACCGAUAACGACCGUAACAUGAGCCUCUUCUUCAUGAAGUCUUACGCUAAUUUCGCGACUUACGGCAAUCCGACACCAGCCCAGAUACUGGGACUGCAUUUUGAGGAAGCUAAGAUCGGCUAUCUCAAGUAUUUGAAUAUCAAUACGACGUAUAACAGCUCGGUUAUGUUCAAUUAUCGACAGACUGAGAGUGCCUUCUGGUCGCAGUACCUGCCGACUGUCAUUGGGAGAUUGGUGCCGACUUAUCCACCAGUUACUGAAUACUGGUGGGAGCCCAAGCAACCCCUGCAGAUAGCCUUCUGGUCCAUGUCAACAGCCUGCCUCUUGCUACUCGUCCUCUCCGUUGUCUGCUGCAUGCUGUGGCGCAAUGCCAAAAGGCAGUCCGAUCACUACUAUAGCGGAGACAUCCUGAUGGUCAGAGACGACGAGCACUCGGAAGGAAUCGAGAAUCUAACGCGUGCAUCGAAGGACAAUCUCUACGAAUACCGCGACACACCAACACUAAAAUCAAGAAUGCCACGACAGAGUGAGGCAAAAUUGCAAGAUCGUUUAGCCCAAAAUCGCAAAUUCAGUUCAACCCCUUCAUUGAGGAGUAAUUCAAACGUCUCCCUGAAGGACAUGAGGAGCGAGGGCUUCAUUACCAGUUCACCCAAUGGUCAGCCAAGACUUGGUAAGGCGUCGAGUCAAUCUACAUUGACUAAAGGUAAAACCAGGACGCAUUUGGUGCAGGGAGUACCUCAAACUGCUGUAUAAAAUUAAAAAGAAAACUGAAAUUAUUGAAAUUCAAGAGAUUUUUAUAAAGAAUUAACUUUUUAAGGGGAGACUACUAUGAGUUUUGAAAUUAGAGUGAGAUCUCUUGUACAUUAAUCACUCAUUAUAUCGAUUAUAUAUGUAUAAAAACGACGAAUAAGUGCAAAGAAAUUAUCGCUUAUUAUUGUUUAAAUUAAAAAUUGCACUUUCAUGCAGAAUAGACAGUAAAUGUACUGUCAAAAUAUUUAUAAUAUUUUUUAUUCAUUUGGGGCAGCAAAAAAAAUUUUAAUGUAAUAAUAAUAAUUAUUAUUAUUAUUUAAACAAUUUGCAUAAACUAAUUCGUAGUUGUUAUUCCACACACUCUUUGGAAAAUUGAAGAGAUUAUUUUGAAAACUCAUAGUAUUCUUCCUCGACUACAACGCAAAAAUUUGAUGAAUUUUAACUAAAAAAAAUUUUUGAUUUAUAUUUUUUUAUGUUAUAUUUUAGGAAAUAUAUUAUGCACAAAGAAUUAUUUUUUACAACCAAUGAUUUUUCUACAUUUCUUGAAUUUUAAUACUUUAUUUUUUCAAGUGCCUUUCACUACACUCACAUUUGUGAUUAUUUUAUUGUAAACAUUGAAUUACACUGAUCUCAUCGACGAUGUCACUCAUAAGAAAAGGAGAAGUAGAGAGGAAGAGACGUGUGUUCAACAACAUUUUCAUUUAGGAGUAAUGAAUUACGCAGUGCGGGAUUAUGACAUUUCACUGCUCAAUAACUGGGCCUUAUGCUUUGCCAAAAAGCAAUUAAAAAUGAACAAAAAGUUCCAAAGAGGAUUAACUGGUCCUACGAUUUUAUUUAACGACGAAAUUAAUGAUAAGCAGCCACUGGUGGCAGAACCAAUAAUUAGGAUUCAAGAUUAUUUCGAGUGAGUCCACGUUUCUACAUCGUAUAUCCGUCCAUUAAUGCAACGACCACUAGCACGUACAACUAAUUUCAAUAAGUAUUAUUGUAUUAUAUAGUCUACGAGUAUAUAUUUCAAGACAUUGGGAAAAUGUCUAUAAACAAAUUGAUUGAGAAGUGACCAAUUACUUUUUUAAUUAAGUGUUUUAGUCUAUCAUCACGUACAAACAUCAUCAUUUAUUAUACCGUAGCUUUACGUCAAGUAAGGGGAGACCACAUAAAUUUGGACUUCAGUUUUAGUGUAAAAAAUGAGAAAAAAAUUGUUUUAAAAAAAAAUUUUUAAUGUUUUUUUCAAAAUCGGCUGAAGUAAAAAAAUUCAAAAAUUAUUAAUAGUCAACUACAUCAUAAAUUAAUGAAGUAGUUAUUUUUUUCCGAUUUUUCGCCUGUACUAAUUUCGCAAAAACAUUGCAAACGCCCAAAAAAUAAAGAUUUUUAACGAGUUACCCUGAUUUAGUUAUAUGGAUGCAUAUAUUCUUCAUGUGUCAACCAAAAUUGAAGUCAGUCGGCUGAGAAUUGCGUCAUGAACCACUUUUUAAGAUUCAAUGAAUGAAAAAAAUCGAAAUGUAAUUUUUUCUUUUUUUUACAUUAAAAUUAAAACUGAAGUGUAAACUCAUCAUCACGACGACUAAGGCCCCAGCUUUGAAAUUUCAGUGUGUUCUCACCUUAAACAGAAUCAAAUAUUGUUUCAAUGCAAAUGAAAUGAGUAUGAAGAAUUUUUUUAAUAAUUUUUACACCAAUUUUUGUAAUAUAUUCAACCACUCAUUCGCAGAGCUAUUUUACCAUAAACCUAGCGAUAGAUUGAUUGUCAUCAAGACAUGUUGAAGUCUACAAGAUACACACGAAGUGUUCGAUUUAUGAAAUUAAUGUUGUAUUUUAUGAAAUACAUGUACACAAAUCAUCGUUGAAUUUUUUUAUUGUAAUAAAAUAGAUUAAUAUAGCACACAAGAUUUUAUACGAGACUAUGAAUGAAUAAAGCUAUGCAAUGACGUCA